CGCGCGCGGCGGGGCUCGGCUGGGCGCGGAGCGGGGGAAGAUGGAAGGAGCGUCCUUCGGAGCGGGCCGGGCGGGGGCGGCCAUCGACCCCGUGGAUUUCCUCAAGCAGCCGCAGACCCUGCUCCGGGUCACCACCUGGAUCUUCUCCAUCGUGGUGUUCGGCUCCAUCGUCAACGAGUGCUACGUGAACAAGGACAGCCAGCACCCCGAGCUGCUCUGCAUCUUCAACGAGAAUGAGAGUGCCUGCAGCUACGGCAUCGCCGUGGGCGUCAUCGCCUUCUUCGGCUGCAUCUUCUUCUUCGUGCUGGACCUGCACUUCCAGCAGAUCAGCAGCGUCAAGGACCGCAAACGGGCCGUGCUGCUGGACCUGGGCUUCUCAGGUUUCCUGGCCUUCCUGUGGUUUGUGGCCUUCUGCUUCCUGGCCAACCAGUGGCAGAGGACGACGCUGACGCGCGGCUUCGCGCAGGGCGCGGACGCGGCGCGGGCGGCCAUCACCUUCUCCUUCUUCUCCAUCAUCAUCUGGGUGGUGCUGGCGCUGCGGGCGCUGCAGCGGUACCGCCUGGGCACGGACAUGUCGCUGUUCGCCACCGAGCAGUUCGGCGCCGAGCCCAGCGCCUCGUACCCCGGCUACCCGGGCGGCAGCGGCGUGGAGAGCGCCGAGACCUACCAGAGCCCGCCCUUCAGCGAGAGCCUAGAGGCCAACCCCAAAGGUUACCAAGUGCCAGCCUACUGAGGGGCCGCGGCGGGGCCGCCCCGCUGUCCUGCCCCGCUGUCCCCAGCCCCGUCCCCCCGCCGUGGCCGCUCGGUGCCGGGUCCCUUUAUUAGCUCGUUGUGCAGUGAAUUCUGUACAGUGGUAUUGGUUCUUGUCUUACCUGUCCCAGGGUUUCUAAGAGCAGUGUUCCCUCUAAGCCGGGAGGAAGGAAGGUUGGUAGCACAUCGCCUGUGCGUGAGGAGGAGGAGGAGGAAAUGUCCCAGAUGUCCCCUCCGAGCUCUGCUGGGAAAGCCCAGGAUGCCUUUUCCUCUCAGCAAACAGCAGCUGAGGAAUUCUUAUCUCGUUCUUCCAGAGCUAACACAGAAUCCGUGGAGGGUGGGUAGAGCUGGCCCUGGCUGCUCCCGGUGUGGAGCUCCCAGCCCAGGUUCCAGGGAAGUGCCAAAUCCACGGGGAAAUCAGUGCUGUCUGUGUUGUUUCCUUUGUAUAUACUUGCUGUACAAAGCAAAUAUCCAAACAGGUGUUUCCCAACUUGGUUUAGAGGCACAGCAGGCCGGGGUUGGGGUCAGUAUCCAGAGGGCUUCUAUGCUUCAGCAGGUUCUGGUUGAGGAUUUAAAAAGUGUCUGUUUGAAAUGGAAACAAGCAGGAGCUGGUUGCUAACUGGGAAUAGCCUGUGAUCAGUGGGAAUGUGGCACUUUGUGGUUCAUUUCCUCGUGGGGGAUUGGGAAAUUCGUAAAUUCCUAAGGAAUUUUUGGUUGGCAGCGCUGUCGCAUCCUCACCCUGGAGAGGUGAGGACCGAGAUGAGGGGCUCAGACUCCACAUCCAGGGCCAUUAGGAGCAAUAUUGGACUUGUAUUUUUAUUCUGGGAGCAGCCACCAUCUGGCAGCUGCAGCAGAACCCAGGUGGGGACACGUGUGUCACCCUGCAGCCUCCAGAAAUGAGGGAUUAUUCAGGCAGGGACCUGGGAAGGCAGCACAGGCCAUUGGAGUCCAUCCAUCCUGUGUGGGCGCACACUGGGUUUGGUGUGGGGACAGUCAGUGAAAAGCAGCCAGGAGGGAGGCUCAGGCUGGGGGUUCAGCUGCAAAGAGCAAAGAAAAGGAGGGAAUGUGUAAAACAUCCAUUGCCAGCUCUCCGUGCCCGUGUGGCAGCUGUUCCAGGCUGUGUCACCAAGGGCUGAAACCUGAAUUCCCAGCCCGGGGGUGGCAGCUCCAUCCCUGGGGGCUCCUCCAGAGCCACCACUGCCUUGUGACCUCGAGAGGAGCACGAGCCACCCCUGUGCUGUCCCCUCCCUGCCACAGGGCCUGGUCACUGCCGUCCUGCUGCUGGGAUCAGAGCGCUCAUUAACGAGCAGCAGGUAAAUGCACUAAUUAAGCAGCCAGUCGUGCCCAGGUCACUGCCCGUGGCGUUCCCUGCCUUGGCUCCAGGUCCUGGCUGUGCCCAGCCCCUCACAGGUGCCUGACCAUGAACACCCAGCCCAGAGCAGCCUCAGCCUCGAGGGAUUCCGGGAUCUUUGUGGGUUUGUGGAGUCAGAUUUGCUGGGAAAGAGAAGAAAAUAAAAACCCCGAGGAUUUUAAUACAGGGUACGGUAGAACUGUAGCAAUAUUUUCCUUAGAGGGAACACUGAAACUUUAGCAGCACAAACAGUACUUGUGUUAAUAUUUUAGCAAAAUUAUAAUCAAUUUAAAUGUUUAAAUUGAUUGUACGUGAGACAAUGUUCGUUGGGUACAGUGUAUUUUUUCUAACUAUGAUAUAACUGUUGCAGAGUUUCCGUGUAACCGUACAGAGCUAAAGCUGUGUCUGCCUGCGGGACACGUCCCGUGUGCCCCCUGCUCAAUAUAUCACGCUCUGAAUGUC